AUGUUGCAUGAACUUGGCUCUGUUCCACAAGAGACAAUCACAAGCAUUUCAUAUAGUAAGGAUCUGCUCAUCUCCUCGUGGAGCGGAGAGGUUGUACUUUAUUCAGGAGUUACGUUUGAGGCCAGAGGGUCUGUUGGGGCAGGGAUUCCCAUCACCAAGGCCAUCCUCACGCCCGGGAUGAUUGUCACAGGAGACAUAGAGGGAAAUGUCCGGGUUUACGACAGAUGCUUAAACGAAACAUCAACGGUUCCAAGCGGAGUGGGCGGAAUACAGCUUCUACACGAGUAUAGAGGAUGUGUGGUUGCAGGGGGAUGGAACAAGAAGAUUGCAUUUGUUAAUGAACGUGUACAAAACAUAGUGGAUACCGAGAAGAAGGUAUAUUGUUCUGACCUUGCCGGAGACAUUCUGCUGGCAGGGCAGCAAGAGUAUGCUGUUGCAUAUGACUUGAGGACGAACACAUCCUUCUUCAGAAGAAGAUUCAAUAUGGUUGUGAGGUCAUUGGCUCUUGCAGACACAGGGUUCUUUGCAGGAACGACCGAUGGCAGAAUAUAUUAUGAGGAUUUUGAAGAUGAAGCCAAGUCCUAUGUGUUCAAUGCACACCAUUCAGUAUCUGGAGACUCGAAAAUCUUUUAUCCUGUUAACUCUCUAGUGAUGGGAAGGCAUUUGCUUUCUGGAGGAUCAGAUGGGAGAGUGCUUAGGUGGAAGCUCGGUGCCAAAAAGACAUACAAAGAGAUAGCCUGUGACAAGGCAGGGGUAAGUAGCUUGUGUGCUGUCGGAGAAAGAGUUGCUGUGGGGUUUUCUUACUCAUACGACAGAGGGAAGUGCAGUGCUGCUCAUGGAAGUAGAGUGGUUGUGGUUGACGUGUGA